AUGGCCUCCUCAACAUCUGACCGAGAUGUUCUUCCAAACUCUGUUAAGCCUUCUCAUUAUGCGCUAUCUGUCUACGACAUCGAGCUAGGGGGGGCUUUUAGCUAUCAAGGAACAGUCAAAAUCGAUAUCAAAAUCGUCAAUGCAACUAAGGAAAUCACUUUGAAUUCUCAUCAACUCAAGAUACAUGAAGCCAAGGUGGUUUUGACUUCUGGAAAGACCUCGCAGUCAAUCAAAUCCAGUGACAUAUCUUAUGAUACCAAGAAACAGCGUGUAACUUUAAGCUUCCCCAAAGAGCUUUCUACCUCCGAGCAUGUCAACCUAGCGAUCAAAUACCAAGGAACUGUCAACAAUGAUAUGGCUGGCUUCUAUUAUUCAAAAUACAAACCUCAAGUCACCCCAGCGGCGUCUGUUCCUAAGGUUGAUGAAUUUCACUGCAUGUAUAGCACUCAAUUCGAGUCAUCUGACGCUCGUAGAGCUUUCCCUUGUUUUGAUGAGCCUAAUUUGAAGGCUACUUUUGACUUCGAGAUCGAGAUUCCUAAGGAUCAAAUCGUCUUGAGUAAUAUGCCUGAGAAGGGCUCAAGAAACUCUAAGGAUGGGUUUCACUACGUCGAAUUUGAAAGAACCCCAAUCAUGAGUACCUAUCUUCUGGCAUGGGCAAUGGGAGAUUUCGAGUAUAUUGAAGACUUCACAAAACGCAAGUAUAACGGAAAACCAAUCCCCGUCCGUGUCUACACCACUAGAGGAUUGAAGGGUCAAGCACAAUAUGCACUAGAUCAUGCACCAAAAGUCAUCGACUUGUUUUCGGAACUCUUUGAUAUCGAUUAUCCACUCCCUAAGGCCGAUUUACUUGCUGUACAUGAAUUUUCCCACGGAGCAAUGGAGAAUUGGGGUCUUGUUACCUAUCGCACAACGGCUGUAUUGUUUGACGAGAAGACUUCCGACACAAAAUUCAAAAACAGAAUUGCUUAUGUCGUUGCGCACGAGCUUGCCCAUCAAUGGUUCGGCAAUCUAGUCACUAUGGACUGGUGGAGUGAGCUUUGGCUUAAUGAAGGUUUCGCUACAUGGGUGGGAUGGCUGGCAACAGAUCACUUCCACCCUGAUUGGUGUGUUUGGCCCCAGUUCGUGGCAGAGGGUAUGCAGACUGCAUUUCAGUUGGACUCCUUACGUAGCUCCCACCCCAUCGAAGUUCCCGUCAAAGAUGCUCUGGAUGUUGAUCAAAUAUUUGAUUCCAUCAGCUACCUCAAAGGUAGCUCGGUACUUAGAAUGUUAGCCACGCACAUAGGACAAAAGACCUUCCUGAAAGGCGUUUCGAACUACCUGAAAGCUCAUGCUUAUGGCAAUGCUACAACACAAGAUUUGUGGUCAGCUCUGAGCGAAGCUUCGGGUCUAGAUGUGAAAGCCAUCAUCGAUCCAUGGAUUACCAAGAUGGGGUAUCCUGUUAUCACUGUUGCAGAAGAACCUGGACAAAUCAGCAUUAAACAAAGUCGUUACCUCUCAACAGGAGAUGUAAAAUCUGAAGAUGAUGAGACGACUUGGUGGGUUCCUUUGGAUUUCCAAGGUAAAAUUGGGGCCGAGGGAGCACAGCAAAUUGCUUUUGAACAAAAAGAAGACGAAGUCAGCGACGUCGACGACUCUUUCUACAAGAUCAACACCGAUACUGCAGGUUUUUACCGAGUCAAUUAUCCGCCAGGAAGACUGGCCAAACUUGGAACUCAAUUAGAUCGUCUCAACUUAACUGAUAAAAUCGGUCUGAUCGCCGAUGCGGGUGCUCUCGCAAUAUCAGGACAAGCAGGAACUCCAGCAUUCUUGACUUUGGUGCAAGGUUUAUCCGAUGAGUCUAACCACUUGGUUUGGACAAAGAUCCUAGGACCAAGUGGAACAAUCAAAUCGGUGUUUUCUGACGACGACGCAAUCUCCAAUGGUAUGAAAGCAUUCUUGCUGAAAUUGGUCACUCCUGCAGUGGAAAAGAUUGGCUGGGAACAGCCUGCGGAUGAAAAUUUCCUUAAGUCACAACUUCGACCUCUCUUGAUACUAUCUGCUGGUAUCAAUGGCCAUAAAGAAAUCAUCGCCGAAGCCAAACGUCGCUUCGAUCUAUACAUGAGUGGCAAAGACAAAUCGGUCAUACAUCCAAGUCUUAGAACUGCCACUUUUGGUCUUUCCGUUCGAUACGGUGGGAAACCCGAAUAUGAUGCUCUGAAGAAAGAGUAUCGCGAGACAACUUCCAUUGACGGCAAAGAGAUUACACUCCGUGCAAUGGGACGUGUUCAAAUUCCAGAACUCAUCUCCGAUUACUUUGAAUUCCUCUUCAAGGAGGUGGCAACACAAGACGUCCAUACAGGUGCAGCCGCUCUUGCGGCCAAUACAAAAACACGUCACCAGCUUUGGCAAUAUAUUCAAGAUAACUUUGAUCCCGUUAAGGAAAGAUUGGCUGCGAACAUGGUCGUCUUCGAUCGAUUUAUUAAGCUCUCUCUGGCCUCCUUUAGCGAUGAUGAUAUCAACAAGCAGAUUGAAAAUUUCUUUAAGAACAAAGACAACAGAGGAUAUGAUCGUUCUUUGGCGAUUAUUGGUGAUACUAUCAGAGGAAGAGCAGCCCUCAAGGCGAGAGAUAGGGGUGUCAUCCUCGAAUGGUUGCAAACCAAUGGUUACUGCUGA